ACUUCUGGUGUUUGUGAUACGUCACUUCCGGGCGGCCCAAGAUGGAGGCCGGGCCGAGCGAGCGAGACCCGUUCCUACGGCUCCGGCGCCACUUGCGGCAGGAGGCGGCGGCGGGCGCGCUGCUGCAGCCCCCUCAGGACGGCGGUGGCGCGGCCGAAGAAUCUACAGCACUAGAGAAAAAAGAGAAGCCUCUUCCCAGACUUAACAUUCACUCUGCAUUCUGGAUUUUAGCAUCCAUUGCUGUGACUUACUAUUUUGAAUUUUUUAAAACCGUUAAAGAGACCAUUCAGGCAGAUAGUUGGUCAUUUGUCAUUGGUAGCUGUUUGUUGGCUGCAAGUUUAUCUCUUGCCUUUUACUGCAUAUUAUAUCUUGAAUGGUACUGUGGAAUUGAAGACUAUGAUGCCAAAUAUCCAGUAUUGAUACCUGUCACAACUGCAACUUUUAUUGCAGCAGCAAUUUGUUUCAACAUUGCAUUAUGGCCCGUUUGGUCAUUUCUCACCCCUGUGUUGCUGUUCACUCAAUUUAUGGGAGUUGUGAUGCUUAUAUCACUCCUGGGUUAGGUCCAUUAAGGUGUCAAGAAGUCUGCCUCUACAAGGAAGUAACUAACUUGGUUCAACUUUAACAGCUGUAGGUUCUUUGUGGACUUUGACUUGCAACAUUCUAUUUCAAACUUCUUUAAGAUUCUAUUCUGCAUUUGCAAAAUGUGAAUCAAUUCAGAAUUCAUGCCUGAUCCAUCCAUGCCUAGCUGCCUUGCAACCGAAUAUUGCAGGGGGAACUGAUAUGCAGGUAGUAGUGCAUUCUUACAAAUUGGAUGAUUGGUAAUAUUUGUUACUUUAAUUUUAAAUAUUGUACUUAAUAACUCAGUUGUAAAAGUAAUCUUGUGAUGAAUGGUAAUUCUGAACUCUUUUAAACAUUUAAAUGUAAGGAGGUGAGUUUGGCUGAACUUCAGUAUUGUUUCUCUUCCUGUAUAUCUGCUAAAUUAUUGAUAUGUGGAAUCUGAUAAACCAUUGAUUCUGAAGUAGUAAUAUAAACUUACAAUAUUCCAUAUGUUAAAAUGCAUUAAAAGAAAGGUUCUAAACUGUUACCUAAUAAUUUACUGGGCCUACUUUAAUUUCUGAUGAAAUCAUGAGCUAUAGCUGAGGUUCCUGGAUCUGAGAGGGGCCUCCAGAGUAGUUUGAAGUUUGAUGUACUGAUAACUGGAAUAAAUUGGCUCAAAAGAGUGAGUGUCACCAGAAAAUCAUUCUAUGCUCUCAUAAUUCUUCAUGACCAAAUAUAGUGACUCCAUGACCAGCUUCUGCCAGCACUGACACAAAAGCAAGUGGCAGCAGAAAGUUUAGUUUAAAAAUUGAUAUGCAUUCAUAUUUCCCCAAUAAAAGCUUAGCAUACUGCUUCUUGGAAAAACAUCUUUAUUUAAAAAAAAACAUAUGCAACUUAUUCUGGGAUCUUUGCUUUUUGGAUAUAAGUAAUGGAAAACUAUAUUGUACUCUGAUAUUAAACAUUACCAGUUAGUUCAUUUUGUGUAUGGAAAUGAAAGCUUCUUGUUGCUGUGCCCCCUCGCCACCAGCUUUUUUUUGCUCUUAAUAAUAGAGAAGAACAUUUCGGUAUUUUCUAAUGGAAAAACUGCACAGUGUUUAGUCACCAGGCUGUCUUGGGUAAAGAGCUCUGGGCCAGAUCCAAAACCAAGAGACUUAAGUGCCUUAAGCAGGACUUGGGCAUCUAAAGUCUGCCUCACUCCAAAAGUAAAGGGGGUUGGGGGGAGGAGGGAGAGCCUGCUUUAGCAGCUGCCAAACCUUGAAAUAACCUGUAAUUCAAUAGGUACCUCUCUGCUCAAUCUGAAAACUCUCUAGCCAUACAUGGCUUUGCUUCUGCAUAUGCCCCAUGACCAAAAUGGUAUACAAUAUAGUGGUUAGAAUAUGGUUUUGGGAAGUGGCAGGUCUGGAUAUAAAUCCCCUCAAAUUAGAGGGAAUUUAACUGACGUAAUCUGUUUACUAGAUGAGUGCUCUAAUUACUACACUGUUAUAUACAAGAUGUUUACAAUUGUUUAAAAAGUGGCCAACAGCUGCAAAACAGCUUUAUUCUACCUUUCAUAAUACAUAGCAUAAGGAGCUUCAACACCAGUCUCUGUGAUUGGGAUUCUGCUCUGCACUGGGCACCAAAAACUAAGUUUUUGCAGUUGUUGG